AAUUGUACACUUAGGGCGUUGCCGGCCCUGAUCUCCAUCAGUGUGCCCGAGGAUUUUCGUUCUCGUCAAUGGUUAUGGCGCGAACUUCCGCCUACCAUGGAUCCGCCUUCUGCUUCUUGUUCUGCUGCUUUCUUGGGCUAUGCUGUCUUCCUUCGAUCACGCGAGCAUACAAGCCGGGGGACAUCGUCCCCAUGAGUAAGGCAGGGCAAUACCAUGCGUCGCGAACGAGUUGGUAUGAUGUGAUCGGCCGCCACUGUCCCAUUUUUGCAGUAAACAGGGAGGUGUUGAUUCCGAUACCCAAACCUACUGGUUUCACCGGUGCUGAUCCAUAUAAGAUAUCAUUUCAAGUUGGCCAUGAGAAAUUCCAUGUUCCUUGGCUUUAUGUUAUAAACAGGAAAAGUUCUGAGGUUCCGCUGAUAGAUUUCCAUUUGAGAUACUCUGGAAGUGAUUUACAUGGUGUCACAGCUAAAGUAAUCGACAUGCCUCAUCAUUAUAUUGAGACCCAUCCAGACAUACGCAAGAACUUUUGGGAUCCACAACAUUGGCCGAAGUAUGUGCUUGCGAGAUAUACAUGGGAGGAACACUCAGAUAUUGAUGUUGCUGGAGGAUUCUAUGUAUUGUUCGGAUCAGGUCUAUUUCUGUCUUUGAUCCUGUCAAUCUACAUCUUGCAAUCAUCGAAAGAGAAGCUAACAAGGUUUGUGAAGGAGAAUGUCGCAGAAAACAGUAUUCAUGGAGGAAUAGCCAAGGUUGAAUGAUAUGUUUUUGCAAGCUGUUGGGGUUCCCCCUGCUGCUCCCGAAACCAUCAUCUACUGGAUAGGAACAUGUUUUUCGCUUUUGAAGGCUGUUAAUGUUUCUUAGAGGCACAAUCAUGUUGGAGAAUGCAUAUUGUUUUUUUUCCCGUAUGACUUUCUUUAGUAGCAUUGAUAGGGAGGGUGUUAAAAUCAUGAUGGAAGAAGUUGGUGGUUCUAUUUACUAAAAGUAAACUAAAACUUUCAAGUUUUUUUUCCGAUAGAUUCUAAAGGUAUUAGACAUUGUGGUAAAAUUUUAACGAAUUUGUAUUUGUUCCCUUGCUAGAUCAAUUAAAGAAAACUUUUGACCCAA